ACGACAAUUUAAUAAGAAAAUGAGUCUGCAUCUUCCGUCAGAGAGAUAACAGAAACCAUCCUACCUACAUAGAUGGUAGCUUCCGAGAGUCUUUGAAAGAGAUCGAUUCACAGAAUGUGUAAAGCGUGGCUUAUCUCGUGCUUUAUUGUCGUGCAAGUACUAAGUACUGAAGGUAUCAAACUGCAUCUAAACUCAAACAAGGACAGAGUUCAAAUUAAUGAUACUACACAUUUUGAGUUUACAGUAACAGAAAGUGGUAAAGCAUCUUCAAAUGUUACCAUAGUGGUAAUUAUAAAUAAUACCAAGCCAGGAAUAAUUAAGGUGCCCAAAAAGGUUCGUGUGCACUCGUUAGACAAAAAGCAUUCAGUGGCCGUUAAAGGGAUUGGAAUUGGAAAAGCUACUAUUUUAUGUCAUGUGCAAAAUGAGACCAAUCCAGACAGCCAUUUUAGUUUGGACAUGAGAGUAGUACACUCCAUGCCUCUGUAUAUAAUCAACCAAGUGAUUGGCUGGUUGUAUUUUGUGGCAUGGUCCAUUUCAUUUUAUCCUCAGGCUUUUCUCAACUGGAAGAGGAAAAGUGUGAUAGGUCUCAAUUUUGACUUCUUGGCCUACAACCUCACAGGAUUUGUAGCCUAUGGUUUAUUUAACAUAGGCAUGUUUUGGGUGCAUGAGGUUCAGCGUGAAUAUUUUGCAAAGCACCCUGGAGGAGUUAACCCAGUUCAACCCAAUGAUGUAUUUUUUACUCUCCAUGCCAUUCUUCUUACUACUAUAACAAUUUUUCAAUGUUUCUGUUACGAGCGUGGAAAUCAGAAAGUGUCUCUGUUAUCUAAGAUCCUACUAAGUGGUACAUGGCUGUUUGCAGCAGUGGCAUUGGUGGUGACAAUUUGCCAUAAAAUUACAUGGCUCACUUAUCUAUAUUAUUUCUCAUAUAUCAAAAUUGGGGUAACUCUCAUCAAGUACAUUCCACAGGCAUGGAUGAACUAUAGACGUCAGAGCACUGUUGGAUGGAGUAUCGGUAACAUUCUCCUAGAUUUUACUGGAGGAUCCUUGAGUAUUCUACAGAUGUUCCUUUUAGCUUACAAUAAUGAUGAUUGGAAGUCUAUAUUUGGUGACUUUACCAAGUUUGGUUUGGGAGCCAUCUCAAUUCUAUUUGAUGUGUUUUUCAUGGUUCAACACUAUUGUCUUUAUGGGUCAAAGCAUCAGAGAUAUGAAGUAAUUGUUGAAAGCAGAGAUCCUAAGGAACACAGUGACAAAGCACUGAACUCUUAUGGAGCAGUUCAUCCAUAGCUUAUUUGUUAUUAGUUUCCAACAUGAUUGGAUAGGUGUUUACUAGGCAGCUCUUUUAUUUGCACACUUGAUUCUAAAGCAGAAUCAGUCUUUAUUUUGGUACAGUCUCUGUUCAAGGGACAUGAACUGUGAACUGAAAAAAGCUUUCACCAGCUACUUUUAAUAAAGGGGCAUUGUUGUUCAGGAAUAAUUGUUCAUGAGAUAAUUUCUCAGGGAAGUUGGCUAACAUUCUUAAGCCUCUUUGGUAAAGUCUUACAUAUAAUGAAAUUCAUUUCAAUUUGUAUUCAUAUGACAUAUCAUUCAAUCUCAUAUGUCAGUCAAAAAGUGAAUACAAAAAUAAAGAAAAUAUAUAUGCAUGCAUUACUAUUUAAAUAAACAAGGAGGAUGAUUUUUUACAAUAUUUCUCCUCAAAGGAUGUCAUGCAGUGAUCAUAUGUGUCUUAUUUAUGUCCAAAAUAUUUUUCAGCUUAGAAAUAAUUUAUCAAGAGCUCAAUAAGAAAAAUGUUAUAG